UACUGGCGAGGUCAGGGCCGUGGAGAAGUUUUGGAAAGGGUCACAAAAAGGGCGAGGGAAUAAGUUGUUUUAAACAAUACGUGGGCUAAAAACAUCGGAUAAAACAGUUGCCGACUACGUUUGGAUGUUCGCCAAGUAACGUACGGGUGGAAGGAAGAUCGAUAUGGGAAGUUUGUGGAGAACUGUGAUAGUGAUAGUGUCUAUCAUGGAGAUGGCUUCUAGGAAUUGACAGGUCGUGUAUUAGGGUUAUCCAUGAAGAAGUUCUAUCGGUGUAAGCGACCAAAUCUCAACACCACUCCCAAAGGUGAUGAACCAGAUGCGAUGAAGGAGCAGAUGAAGCCGGAGCCUAGUCCGUGCUGGGGACGGGUUCUCUACGACUUCAGGCCCCAGGAGCCCACGGAAAUCGGCGUCACCCAGGGCGAAACAGUCACAAUACACAACGAUGUACGGGGAUGGCUCUUCGUAGAGACCAAGGCGGGGAACUUCGGGUACAUCCCUUUAAAGUUCUGUACGGUGAACGGUACGGCGCCGAGGCGGGACCCGAUGGAGUUAAAGGUUCGCCUGAGUAAGCAGGGUCGCAAAAUUAAAGGAGUCAACGGUGGAGACAUGAAAUGUUUACAAGACAAUCGAUUCGAAGUUAAAUACGAUGCGGAAAAAAGGUUGAAGACAGUUAAUAAUGAUAAGUGCCUAAAUAACAAUGAGAAGUCUUGGUGCAAAGAACAGUUGGAUAAUGAGUUGAGUACGAAUGCUUUGCUGAAACAUGCCAUCGCCACGCCUCUUCUUGUUGCGUAUGCGCGGAAGAGUACGAUCAGCAAAGACUACUGUAUGGGGACUGAGCAGGUUUCAUCGGGGAUAACGAACCGAGAUAGUCACCUUAUGGACACCAUGUGUCCACCAAUACCAGACAUUAGUAGUGAACACAGCGAAACCAGUGAAAGUCUAAGCAGUCUGGAGGAAACGUCCUCGGUAAAUUCUAGCCAACCAGAUUCCGUCCGAUCUGAUGACGUAAUGGAUUCAACGCCGGCAGCUUUCCUUCCGGUCAUGUUGAUUAAGAACCCGGAUCUCGUCCUUCCAGAUGAUUCUACGACAGAUAGUGGUUUCAGCAUGGACGAGGACAACGAGUUCUCAGAUUCUGAACGAUAUAAGCAAAUCCUUAAACGAAAAGCUGUUGAUGUUAUUUUCAAACAGAAUCUACACGACGCUAGAAAAACUACAAACUAUCGUAUGUCAACGGGUACUGGGACGAAGAUACAGAAACAGACUGCUGAAAAUGAAAGCUAUGAACCUAACCGAGUCUCCAACAUUUCUGGUGCUAAUGUUAUUGAACCUGCCAAAUUUCGUCCACCUGUACCACCAAAAACAAUUCCUUUUAAUCAGCGUGUUUCAGUCAAACAUCGUGAAGAAACGGUAUCAGAGCAGCAAAUCGUGUCAAGUUCUCGUGAUAAGGCAGCGGAGGAGAAAGUCAUACCGCGCGUACCUGUUAUUACGAAACCUACAGAUGUUGAUGGUCGGCCGCAGGGGUCAACAUUUCUAUCACGGUUUGCUGUGAGGCGGAGUAGCAAGGAUAACGUACUGCAGAAGGGGAAGACUGCCCCUGCAGUGGCGAGGAAGCCUGACAAUCGCAGGAAACAGGAGUCAUUAACGCUGUCGCGGAUCGCUGCCAGAGGUCUUCCUCGGAGCAAAGAAAAUUUACUUGAAGUGGAGGUGAAGCCAAAAAAUGAUGGAUUUAGGAAUAGGAAUACUUCCUUGCGUUCAGGCACUUCUGAUCUGCGGGCAAGUCAGGAGUGUUUAUUAGACUCAGAGGAUCCUGCAGGGAAAUUGACUGUCAAGGCUGAGGUGCAUGUCGAACCACGUGCGCCUGCUUCUGGUCAGGAGGUCAAAGGAUGUCUACGCCGUAGAGACAGUGGGUCCAGCUACCGUAGUAAGUCACUGGGUGGCAGGAGAUGGGGGAGCAUGGAGUGCCUUCUUGAUAGAAAUCCAAGGGACGAUCUCGGUGGAAUACAUUCAGUAAGGAAUGAAAACAAUAGGACUGGAAGUGUUGAGUGUUUGCUUGACACGUCAAGUGAAAGCUCUGAUUUGCGUUUCGGUAAACCGUCCAAACCCCGUGUGAUAGAUUUGCAAGGGAGUCAAGAGGUGUCAUUAGCUAAGAGUAAGAGCUGUGAAAAAUCCGAAAAAGAAGUCGAAAACAGUAGUCAGUAUGUUAGUAUAAAGACAUCAGCGCCAAAUGUGGGGCUGAUAAAAUCGUCCCAGGUUUUGAAUACGUUUCGUACUUGGUUAGAUUCGGAGGCUCUGGAAAAACAGGGUUGUCAAACAUUUGCUAGUGAACAGAAUACAAAAUCGUCGACAAAUGUCAACAAAAAUGGUGCAAUUAAUUCAACUGAUGGUAACAGUGAUACUGUUAGUCGAAAAGAAACAAUGUCAACCUUCAGUCAUGGUGGAUUACGGACUUCUAAAGACACUUUUAAAUGUCCUGAAACGCCUCCUGCAUCUGAUUGUGCUACGGUUGUGACAGAAGACACUGUGCCACAUGUUAGUGGUGGACACGAACUAAACUUGUUUGUUUUUGAAAAGGAGACCACACAAGACGUGGAUACAAAGGUCACUUACAGGGAAACACCUGGUAGUACUAGUCCCAUCAAAAGUGAACUCGCCGGUGCUAUAAAAAAUGAUCAGGUUUCGUCUUUUGAAUCUCCAGCGCUGGAACAGUUAGACAGUAGAACAUCCGCUUAUCUGAACGCAGACGUCAUGACGUCAUUCAAGAGCGAAGAGACUGUAAUCUCAGCAACUAGUCUUAUUAGUAAGUUAAACAAGAAUCGAGACAAUCAUGUGAAAUUACGCAGGGUAAAGUCAAUGAAGGAGACAUCUCCGCGCAAGCUAAAGGAACGUCGCGUGGAUUGGAGUCCGUGUGUACAAAUACAUUUCUACGACCCAGAGUCUCAGAUAGAUUCGCGAGAGGAUCACGUAUGCCGGACUACUGCUAUGGACUUUGCCAACACGCUCGAGUACGAAGGGUCUUUAGUCUAGCUUGGUCAUCGAUUGUACCUUAGUCAGCUUCUCAAGGGUUUGGUGUAGUCUUACGAAUAGAGUUGGUACAGCCUGAAAGACAAGUUGAAGUCGACGAAAUUUCUUCCAAGCGUUUUCAGUGCCUGAGAUGGUAUCACAAUGAUUGAGAACAUUGCUGCCAUCUGAGCAACCGUGGGAGGUUCGAAAUAGACAAGCACAGCCCCCAGGCCUAAUCAGAACUGUCAGACUGCCGUGUUCACCUAUUGAUAAUUCUAUAAUUGUUGCUAAGAGUUUCAAUUCAAACUCAGAUUUCUUGUUUUAAAGAAUGGCUUAUUAUUGUAGGAAUAGCCUACGUUCGCUAUAAAAGUUUGUACGUCUAGCAUUUAAGAUUUAAGGGUAACAGAUCAAAGUACUGCUUGGUCGGUUGAGAUUAAGCAACUUCAUUGUGACGUGGACAACUUCGUCUUCAAGGCAUAGUUAGUCGUAGCAUCUUUAACUUUAUAAAAACACUAUUUGUGGGGGGGGGGAUGAUAAGAACCAACGGAUUCUCAAACAUCACUUCCUCUGAUUAUAUACAUCGAUCAACGGUUGCCCACUCUCGAUCUGAAGAAACUGCCUCUAAAGUCUCCGCUAAGGUUUACUUACGUAACACAUGAGCCGUUGCUAAAUUUCUCUAAGGUAUAUGGACCAAGUGUUGCGAUCGUGUCGUGAUCGUGGUGAUGCUGCAUAUCUAUUGAAGUUCGAUCGGUAUGAGAAAAGAAACGAUGACUCUCUAUAUACAUGUAUACAUGUACAUAUUCAAGUGACAUAUUCUUUUAAGAAAACAUGUAUCGGUAUUUUUCCUUUGAGUCUGUGUUGAAAGUUCACCUGCAUUCUUCCAUCAAAUAGUUUAGUUGGUGACGUGUAACUGAUUCAGUGAUUGCAACUAUGAGGUCGAUGAUCUUCCUCAUCGUUUACCUCGCUUGCCUUUCUUCGUUGACUAUAUCAUCGAAAAUGAACUUGGGUGCCGAAAGAAACACUUUUCAGUUAUGUCGUCUGGUAUUGAUGCAUGAAUCAACAGAAAAUAGUUUUGUUCUCUAAUAAAAUGGCGUAAACGUGUUUUUACGUCUUGCUGUCGUACACUGAGUGAUUAAUGAACGUGCAUUAACGUCAAGAGUAACCGGACAGACAAGAUGUAGCCUAUUACCAUUGACAGUUUUGCAUCUCUUCCUCGAAUUGUACCCGUAGGGGGUAUUCUGUAUAGUAGAAAUACAAUCAUGUACAUUGAGACUUUUCUAUCACGACUAUUCCGUGUAAUUUGAUAACUGCUCUCAUCAGGACACCAUGAAGUAGCAGAUACGCUGCGAAACCAAUCGCAACGGCAUUUUAUGUCGACAAUAACUACAAAAAGAACAUGUACUUUACACUGAUAUUACCGUCUGUAUUAUUCGCCAUCAGAAUCAUGUCAACGUAUACAAGAACGAAGCAAAGGUUUCAGCCAAACAGUAAACUAAGUCUUCAAAACUAACCACAGUAUAAGUCCACGCUGCGCAAGUAUACUUUUUGUUGUAAUCAGGUUUGAAUUUACUUGUACUGGAGUCUGUCUCAUCUGUAUUUGUGUUUGUUCUCGUAAGGUGGAGCCCGACAAAUCUAGCAGUUUACGUUUACGAUGUACUUUGCAACAGGGAAUUUUCCCGGCGCAAAGUACCGGAAACGUCAACCCAUUGUUCGACAUCGGUAUCAUGAGGGCGAACAAUAAGAUAGGCGUUCAAGUUGUACGUGUGGUUUAAUAACGUUAUGUCAAACUUAGCAAGCGUCUCUGACUAAACUUCUCUAGUGAGCUUACUUCCAUUUUAGCCUCACUGGUAUUAUUUUGGAAAUGUUGUAUUGUGGUUAAAACGUUCUCUCUCGCCUGUGAACAUAUAAUGUCAGUGACUUGAAAUCACACCGAGUACUCCCGGUUUUCUCGCAACACUCUUCAAAUUUAAUCGUCAGCCUUGUCAGUGAGAUAGAAUGAUGUGUCCGUCAGUGAUCUGCUAGAACUGGGUGUCCUUAACAAGCUAAAGCAUUUCAAAUCAUGAAUUGACUGUAUGACUUGUAUGUACUUUGAUCUGCUAUUCCUAUUUGAAUUCCAUUAAACUAAUAUAUUCAU